AUGAAGCUCGAGAAGGGAAAGAGUCUGUACGAGUUGAUAGGGGUGGAGAAGGACGCCAGCAAGGCGGACCUGACGAAGGCGUAUAGGAAGCUGGCGCUCCGGCUGCACCCGGACAAGAACCCAGACGAUUCCGAGGCCGCUGAGAAGUUCCACACCCUGCGCAAGGUCUACGACAUCCUGUCGGACCCAGACAGGCGCAAGGUGUACGAUGAGACAGGCUCGUUCGAGGACGCAGACGAGCUCGCGGGCGACAACUUCAGCAACCUCGUGGCCUUCUACAGGUCGCUCUACAGGCGCGUGACGGAGGACGACAUCGCGGAGUUCCAGGCGAGCUUCCGGGGGUCCGAGGAGGAGCGCGCGGAGCUGCUCGAGCUGUACGAGGCGUGCGAGGGCGACAUGCCAGGCGUGAUGGAGCGCCUGGUGUGUUCGCGCGAGGCUGUGGACUCGCACCGCUUCAUGGACGCGGUGCAGGCGGCGAUCGAGAAGGGCGCGGUCCAGGAGUACGCGGCGUUCAAGUCGUGGGCGAAGAAGGUGGCGCGGAAGCCCAGGCCGACGAGGAACCCGCUGGCCCCGGACAGUCCACCGCGUCGCGGCACUGCUGACGGUGGGGGCGGGGAUCUGGUCGCGCUGAUUCAGGCGCGGCAGGGCGGGAGGCUGGCGGACGUGGCGGCGGCGCUGGAGGACAAGCACGGGGCGCGGUCGAAGAAGGGCGCGCGGGGCGGCGCCAAGAAGAAGAGCCGCGAGAAUGUGGAGCCGAGCGAGGAGGAGUUUCUGCGCGCGAGGCAGCGCAUCGAGAAGCGGCGCGGGGGCAAGUGA